GGUGCUCCCGAGUCGCUUUGGCCAUGUUGUGCCAACUAGAGCAAACGGCCUAUUUUGAAGUUCGUCGAGUCCCAUCGAAAGAAAGGGAAACAGGGGAUACUCAGCGACACGACAACAAUGGUGGCGCCACGUGUGUACGCGGUGCGAGUGCCGUUUUACUACGCAGCACCACCGCCGCUUGAAUCUGGCGGCUUCGACGCAGGCGCGGACGCACCCACCGGGGACGCCGCUGUCUUCAUCACGUACGCCACGAUCGAGGUCACCGCGUUUGAUGGGCGCUUCUUCUGGAUGCACGUGUCAGAGAGCCCCAUUGGCUACGCGGUUCCGCGGCUGGGGUCGUGCAGCGUCUCUGUCGGUCUCUCUCUCCCAAGCACCGCCGAUCGCACCAGCGUCUCCACGUCGCAGUUGAUGGAGUUCGAAACGGACUCGCUGCAGGACCUGUCCGCUGGCACGAACACAACGGUGCAGUCCAUCUUCGCCAGCGGCCUGAGCCAGAAGGUUGUCCGGGGUGUAGCGAAGCGCUUCCACUCGCAGGUGACCGUGUACGUGAACUGCGCGAUUGAGGGGGAGCGUUGUCUCGCGCUGCUGGGCACCGAUGGUGGAAGCGGGUUUGAUAUGACGUAUCAGUUUGGCGGUCUGAUCUACCGUGAGGCUUUUGCCGUGGUGGCGCGGCACCUCGAAGAAUGUGGGAGUCCGACGCAAUGA